AUAUGAGAUUGUGGAAUGAAAUGAACUUUGUCUUGUGAUAAGGAAGCACUUCUUUUACAAUAUGACUGAUAUUCCUGUCUCGACCUUGUCGCCCUUGAACUCUACUGAUAUCAUAGUCAACAAGAAGGAGAUGAAGAUUGAGACGGUGAUCAUCAUUCUCUGGGCGUCAGGGGGCGUUCUCUUACUCGUGCUUAUGAUGUUACUAGUCUGCAUACUUAAAACUAACCGGAAAACUUUCGGCCAAGGGCGACGUGAAAGCCCUAAUGUUUUUCGAAUCGGACGGGAUCCGAAUGAGUCACGUGGAGGAGGCGUGAAUCCCGCGUUCACUAAUUAUGACGAGAUUUGGACGUGGAUACCAGUAAUAAGAGGCAACCAAGGUGAAUGUGCUAACGAAUGUGAACGAGAUACUGGAACCGGAAGUAGAGAAAACAACACAGCCUCCUCAAACGACGCCUUGUCGAGGACAUUAGAACCACCGCCGUAUAGUGUUGCCAUAACAACUCCGUCCUACCCACCAGGUGGCGUUACGUACACAACAGCAAACCCUACUUCCGGUGAAAACUCCAGAUAUCUAUAUUCGGUUAGUAAUGAAAGUACGAAUAUGUCGUCAUCUAUUGUUACAACUUGUACCACAGCAUUAAGUAGACCAGUAGUUUCAUCGUCUGUCUCAAACAAUGUAGGUAGUCAUGGUGAUCGACAAAACAAUAUAAAUACUUCUAAUAGCCGUCAUAAAUCCGUCAUCAAUGUCGUGCAUAAAAAUGAAAGAGACUCUGAGAGAAACCAACAAAGAACAUGGGAUGUAAGGGACCCUUGGCGAAGUCCUGAGAUAAGUCGUCCUGACGUUGCUAUAGUUACAGAAGCAGAACCACGUAUUCAAGGAAGACGGUCGCGCGAUAUGACAAGAUCUCGUACACAUUACGUGCGAGAUGCGAGACACCAGGUUUCUCGUCCCACCUCUAACGAUAUCACCUAUCAUAUACCAGAGGAAAAUGUUGCACUUCCCAACACAGAUGAUAUUCACACACUAUAUCCGGAAUUGUUUGGGAACGAGGUCCCUGUUUUAGCGCAUGCGCAACGCAUGAGUAGAGAAUUCGUUUAUGACGCGGAAGCAGGUUUAUACUCCUUCACAACGGAGAAUAAUGGUCCCCGAGUUUGGUGCGACAUCCCACCAAGUUUGUUAGACGAGGAAGGACCCCCACCCUACACUCCCCCACCCGAUUAUCCGGGCCAUAGAAACAGACAACAGCGACGCCGUGAUCGUUCUCGGCCUGCACCCAAGGCCAAUAACUCUGUCACUGACCGUCGGGCUCCUCUCGUGAGGUUAGAAUAUGAUUACUUCUAA